AUCCAAUUUGUUUUAAAAAAAAAAUGAUUAUCAUUACAAUUACAUGAGAAAUAUUUGAGUUUGGGUACUUGCAUUGAGCUCAAUGGGUACUUGAGAUUCAUUUGAUAGUGAACAAUUCAAAUCUGCUAAACAAAUAACACUGUAGAAAGAGAAACAAACUUCGAGUAGCGACAUGCGCUCUGAAAUUUCUUCAAUCAAAAAAUAUUAUAAAUGACUUGCCGGAAUAGGUAAAAAGUAUUUCUAAUCUUUAAAAGUAUUACGCCGCUGUGAGUAAACGUGAUAGAUCUAAUAACGAAAUUAUAGUAUCAGUAGCUAUUAAAAUUUCGUUAUUUGUAUGUACAUACACAUGUACAUUACAUAUGUAUUUUGUUCUUACAAUUAGUACUUUUAACUGAAUUGACGAUUACCGAGACAUACAAAUAUGCAGUCUCCUUCGAAAAAUGAUGAUACUCCGCUUGCAAAUGAAAUUGAGAUUCUAUUUCCGGAAAUAAUAGAUGAAAAAAUAAGGACUAUAGAAUUUUUGAAUGCUGCACGUGGAGUCGUACGAAUUGUAGAAAAACUUGGCAAGGUAUUCGCACCGGUUAAAUAUGACAUCCAGGGCAACAUAGAUAAACUCACAGCCAGAUAUGUUACGGACAAAGUAAAAAAUACAAUGUUACAAGACAUGAUUCUGCUUGAAAAAGAUGAAAAUACUACAAAUACUAAAUUAAUUGCUGCCGAUGCUUUACUAUGGUUAACGAGAGGAUUACAUAUGAUUCUACUAUUUUUUGAAAAAAUUGUCGAAGAUGCUAAGACUGGUACACCGACAGAUGACUUAGUAGCAUUUUUGAAGAAAUCCUAUAAAGAGGCUUUAGAACCUUAUCAUGGAUGGAUGGCCCAACAACUUUUUGAUCUUCUAUCGCGUAUGGUCCCUACACGUCCGCAAUUUUUACGAGCAAUUAAUGGUAAAAAAAUAGAUGAAGAUAGCUCACUCAUAAACGAUAUGGAAAUUUAUUUAACGCGUUUACGAACGAAUGUAUCAGCAAUUCAAUUAUUUUAUAAAACUCAUAAUCUUGAUACACUAGUAUAACUAGUAUAACAUACUUUAUUUGGUGAAGUUUUGUGUAUGAGAUAUAAUCUUAUUAGAAAUCACUGUGAUGUAAAAAAUAUGUAUAAACAAAGAUAUAAAGAGCAGGAUAUAUUAAUUAA